CUAGCUAGCCAAUUAUAUAUAUUCUUUACACCACUAAGAAUUCUUUCAAAUAACAAUAUGAAGAUGAUAAAGUUGGGAUUAGGUAUUGUUAUGAUAUUGUUGAUGAUGGUUUUAGCUAUACAAGGGUUUUCUGAUGUUCAAAGAUGUGCAAACGCUUGCAUUACCAAGUGUGGCAUUAAUAAUCUUCAAUGUUACAAUGCAUGCCUACAUCGUUGUGUUAUGUAGAUCCAUUUGUUCACUCUCUAUCUGCUUCUUUCUUCUUUAUUUUGGUUAAGAGGGUGGGAAUUGGGACACCCUUUUGCCACUUCUGAUAUCUUAUGCUUAUAGUCUGACAAUAAUGGAGGGAGAUUAAAAGUUGUUCAGUAGUCUUCCUUUAAGAAAAUCAAGGUAUCAAAAGUUGGAAGGCCAUUUUGCAAUGUACUUCUAAGUGGUGCAAUUUGAUUUUUAUUCAUGUUUAAUUUGUUGGGGAGAAAUUUGAUAUUUAAAUCGCUUGUCAAAACUUAUAUUAGGUGGAGAUUGAUUUAAUAAGAAAACUUGUUUGACGACAUAUUGUGCAUAAGAAAUAUUAUUACAAUAGUGUCUAAAUCCUGUGAGACCACUAAUAUCUUCUUUUUAUAAAGCAAAUCGAUUUCGAUUUUUCAUCACUUCUACCUCAUCACUUCUACCUCUAUUGGAAUAUAAGAUUUCCCCUUUUCUAUGAAAAGACUCGUAACAAUAAUUCUGAAAUACAUGUAUGGACAAUUCCUCAAUAUCUUGUUCAUUCGCAAUACAAUAUUUUCUCUGUUCAUCGGUAAGAAAGUAUACGCUUUAUGGAAGAAAGAUACUAUUUCACCAAUUGAGUCACAUGUAUCUAACUUAUUUAUACCUAACUAUUUUUCACAAAGUAAUGAUGAAACAUACAAUUGGAUAAGUAUUACUCCUAUGAAUGUUAUAUAAAGCACUAAAACUGGGUACAAAGGAGGAAUAUUUUUGUGACCAAAUUGAAUAUCAGUUGAGUUAUUUACAAGUAUCCUCUGAAAGAUAACAAGUUAGAUUAAUUUAGACACUUUCUAAAUCAGUAUCGUCGAUCGAUAAGAACAAAUAACAUGAAAAGAAAUGGAGGAUGUCAUCAAAUUCUUGUCAAAUUAGGAUUACACUUCAAAAUUUGUUUUUUUUAGUUGAUAAAUUUGGAUUUGGAGAGUUGCAAAUUAACUUGAUCCUUUUCAUUUUUACCAAUGAAACCUAAUUCUGUGCUGCCUUAAUUGACUGGUGGCAUUUCGCCUGCGGAUAGACAGACUGGUGAUCAGAAAUGAUUACCCUAACCCAACAGUAAGCUGGUGUUGUCAUUAAUUAGCUUUUGCCUGUUGAAUUAGUAGAAAUUGAAACAGAUUAGUUUGUUUGGUGUUGAUUUUUGGACUAACUCACUCGGUUAACUAACUUCCUGUGAUAUAACAAUUGGGAUGAGAUGACUUGUCUGAAUUCCUUGAAUUAGCUUUCAAAUUAAAAUAAGCAAGCCUCAAAUUACAAUUCUUUACCAUAUUUAAGUGAUAAAUUGAGUAAUAUAUAUUAUUUUCUCCAUUUCAUCUUAACUGUUGCUUAACUUUAUUGAAGUUCAUUAAGAAAAUAAUUAAUACAAUGUAUACUUUACUAAGUUACCUCUAUUUAUAAAGGUCAAUUGAAUUUUCCUCUUAAAUAUUGUGCAUAAGUAGGAAGCAAUUAUCAACUUUAAUCUUGAAAUCCUUAAGUGACAAUUAUUUUGGUAUCAAUUUUUUGAGCUAAAAUGACAGUAAAAUGAGUGAGAGUAAAGAGUACUGUGCCUAAAAGACACAAAUUUAUUUAAUUGGCCUAAACCCUAAACUUGAGAAAAUGACAAAAAUGAUCCAUUAUGUUUGAAAUUAAGUUCAAAAAAGUCUCUAAAGUAUGCUCUCAAUAAUUUUGAUCCUUUAAAUUUCUCAAAGUUAACACUCUCCGUCAAAUUACAUUCGACGGGAAAUUAGCGGAACUCACAUUUAAAGGUAAUUUUUUAUUUAUUUGUAGUUUCUACUAUUUUUAAUUUAUUUUUAAAGUUUAGUACAACUUGUUGAGGCGUAACUUAUGCUAUUUUUCUGUAUCAUUUUACUGUCUUGUGUGGUUUUUGUGUUUCAUAUUAUUUGAUAAGACUUUUUUGGGGUUUAUAAGUAUUUUUCUUUUAUUGUUUCCGUCGAAUCUAACGAACAUAAAUUAUUAAAUACUUAACGAAAACUAAAAAUGUUAAAUUUUGCAAACUUAAAAAACCAAAACCAUAAGGUGCAUUCUUAAGGGACAAUUUUAAACAUACCAGCAAACAUAAAAGACCAUUGAUAGUGUGUAAACCAGCAGGCAAAGGAGAGGUUUAAGCAAGCACUGCACAACCAUGGAAGAGCAAGAAGAAGAAGCCAUCAAAAACCUCUGGCAAGAAGUUCGAGAUCUUUCCCUAGGCACAACAACCCAAAUCACCCACCUCUCUUCUCCACCCACCCCUCUCCAAUUCCUUCGUGACUACAUUUCCCCAAACAAACCUUGCCUUAUUUCCAACUCCAUUAACCACUGGCCAGCCACCACUCUCUGGCACUCCACCUCAUACCUCCUCAAAACACUCUCUUCCAACACAGUCUCCCUCCACGUCACCCCUACAGGCCACGCUGACGCACUCACCCAACACCCAAAUUACCGUUCUACCCUUUGCUUUGCUUCAGGUGAAGUUCAACAUCUUCGAUUCCCUGACGCUUUAACACGGGUCUUGGAAUCGGAGCGGAAUAAGUGUGUGGGUUAUUUGCAACAGCAGAAUGAUUGUUUGAGGAGUGAGUAUGGGGUGUUGAGUAAAGAUUGUGAUUCGGAUUUUGAUUGGGCUAGUGAGGCUUUUGGGUGUUUACCUGAAGCUGUGAAUCUUUGGAUUGGUAAUGAGUUGUCGGAAACUUCGUUUCAUAAGGAUCAUUAUGAGAAUAUCUAUGCUGUUGUUUCUGGAGAGAAGCAUUUUUUGCUUCUUCCUCCUACUGAUGUUCAUAGGAUGUAUAUUCGUGAAUAUCCUGCUGCGAAUUACCACUAUUCCCAGGAUGCUGGGGAGUUCUCUUUGGAACUAGAGGAACCAGUGAGGAAAGUGCCAUGGUGUAGUGUUAAUCCAUACCCUUCACCUGAGUUAAAGGAGAAGGAAAUGGCCAAGUUUCCCUUAUAUUUCAACGGACCAAGACCAUUUGAAGUUACGGUCAAGGCAGGCGAGGUUCUUUACUUGCCAAGCAUGUGGUUUCACCAUGUUAGACAGAGCCCAGACAGCAGAGGACUCACCAUUGCUGUAAACUACUGGUAUGACAUGCGAUUUGAUAUCAAAUAUGCUUACUUUAACUUCCUGCAAUCGCUGCCUCUUUCCAUGCUGUGUAAUCCUGCAUCAGCUGGCAAAUUAGUUGUGGGGUCACAAGAUCAUUCAUUAAUAUGCAACUCUGAAGACGAAUCCAGCAUGGGCAGCAUCCCUGCUUCUGCAAAUGAUAAUUUAUUAGACGAUUCCGAUGACACUGCAGAAAAAAUUAGUAUCACUCAUUGUCAGGAGCCCAAUGGUGAGGAAAAGCAAAGGAAAUUUUGAGUUCACUCGGAUCCAAUUCUGCAAGCAUGUUUUGUUUCCCUAUUAUAUCCUGGAGAAGUUGCAUAGUGUUUUCGACCUGAGGCGGGAAAAGCUGAAAUGAAACUUCACCUUCAUGAUUGUCCUACUACUGUCUACAACUCUCAUUUAAUCAGCAGGGUGAGUCCUCAGUGUGCCUUUCAAUAUCCAAAGUGACACUACCAGUGAUGGAGAUUCAGGUGCUCUAUUCUUUGGAGAUUUACCAGUCCACUUCUCUUGUUUCCAAUGGUAAUCUGCUAUUAAGGUUUAUUUAGCAUGUUAUCGGCAAGGGAAGGUUACUCUGAUUUGUUUGAAGAAGCCAUAGUUCUGAAAAAGUAUGCACUUUGUAGGUUUCUUCUUUCAAGUCUUGCCAAGCAUCACUUGUCAUGGAAAACCGGCAAUAGAAUGUACAUAAAUCUCCUCAAAAGACAAAAUGAGAGCUCAUGGCUGUUGCCGUAGAUUUGGAGCAGAGUGUACCAUUUUGAGUUUACAACAGAAAUGGCACAAAUCAUAUUCCAAUGUUGGACUAUCUAUUGCUUGCUUCUUUACUGAUUCUCUGGGAUGAAAGUGCAUUUGUUUCUCAGAGAAUGGGAAAAUGGAUAAAGCUAGAGCUGGGAUACUUGUUAAGAAUUUUGCGUGGAUUGUUGUCAAGAUAUUCAUCAUGUUAUACCUUUCACUCGUGGUGUGCUGAACUGCUCAAUAUCCUUCAAAUUAAUUUUAGCUUCAAAACCACAAAUAUGUUCAUUUAAUAAUCUAAUUAUUUUAUACACUAGCCAAGGAAAACAUUAAGUUAUUUUCCUAUUUGAUACUAAAUACUGAUUUUUCUUGUCUAUUCGUUUUUGUUUCUAGUUUUCUUAAAAUUUUCCCUGGGAAAAAUGAUCACUCAAUCCAAAUUGAUAGUAUAGAAUUUUCAUAAGAGUUGUUAAAUGUUGAGCUGAAAAAUAGUGCACAGUUUGGUAAGCUUAUUGUAAACUUAGAUUAGCCCCCUAUUUGGAUGGUUGUUUCCUGUAGUUCAUUAAUGUAUGGUUUUCUAUGAAA